CUUUAACCUCAGAAGCUUGUGACGUCGACCUUUCUAAUUAGACGUACUACAAUCAUCAUUCUUCUUCCACCCUUUUUGCACCAAGAUCCUCUGCAGCAUGGAAAACCGAACACCGCAGCAAUGUUGUGUCAAAAGUGUCGCUCUCCGCUCCAACUUGACAACUCGUUAACUGAGUUGAAUCCAGCUGCAUAUAACUUACUAGUAGCUGCGUCGUCGCAACCACAGCCCAAACGGACAUCCUCCGCCCGGCUAUCCUAUCCUCAUGAUACGGAACGACGCAGUCUUUAUGACAAUAUCUCCAAGAAUGGGGUCACGUCCAUGUUUAAGAAACAGGGCAACUCGCACCGAAGCGACGGUUCCUUUAUCCUUCUCACCGAGUCUCAGGUAGCGCCACCGAGGCUCACAGCACCGAAAGAACAGACGAGUCCCAGACAACGACGUAGGUCGUCGCUGCCACUCUCCAUGGGUAACGAUGGCAGCAUAGCGCAACCCCACGAAGCGGAGCGCAUUCAAAAGCUCUUCGAGAUCUUGUCGGCGCGCUCCGAUGUCGAUCAUCCCGUUUGCGUCGAAUGCACCGAUAUGCUGGUUGAUGGACUGCAGAAGAGGCUCGAGAACAGCGUCCGCGAACGUAGCUUAUACGCCGAGUACUUGAAACAGGUCCAGGCAAAUGUCCCCAGCGAAGAAGACAUUGCAGCAACAGAAGAGGCCCUCACCGAGGCAAGGAAUGAGGAGGAGAAAGCGAUGCAGUUACUGAAAACCUUGGAGAAGGAUACGAACACUCUGGACCACGAAAUUGCAGCGCUGGAAGAGGAAUCACGAGCCCUCGACGUCGAGGAGGAGGGGUUCUGGCGGGAGCGUAAUGCGUUCGCGACUACGCUUUCGGAAUUUCAAAACGAAAGAGACAGUAUCAACGCUAGAUAUGACCACGACUCACAGCUGCUUACGAAGCUGCAGCGAGCGAAUGUCUACAAUGACACUUUUUCCAUCCACCACGACGGCAAUUUCGCCACUAUCAAUGGCCUCAGACUGGGGAGACUAUCUACAAAGCCGGUAGACUGGCCGGAGAUAAAUGCUGCCUGGGGUCAGGCCUUGUUACUGGUUGUCACCGUUGCAGACAAGUUGGGGUACAAGUUCGACAGCUAUGAGCCGUUGCCUAUGGGAUCGACUUCAAAGAUUAUUCGUUAUGACCAUCCCUCGCCAGCUUCCAGUCGCUUAGGCUCUCAUCGUACGGGUCCUCCCCCCGCUCCGAAGAAAUAUGUCCUAGAGCUCUUCUCCUCGGGCGAUCUGCCGCUCAACCUUCUCUGGCACAGGAAGUUUGACACGGCUAUGGUAGCUUUCCUGGAAUUGGUCAGACAGCUGGGAGUAUUCGUUCAACAAAAGACACAAGAGGCCAGCGACAGGGGUGAGUAUGCAUCGCCUGCGCUAGUUCUGCCAUACAAGAUCGAGGGUGACAAAAUUGGCGAUGAUAGGAUUGGUCACUUCAGCAUCAAGCUGGGUAUUGCGAACGACGAGAGCUGGACCAAAGCCUGCAAAUUCGCCUUGACCUGUUGCAAGUUCUUGAUUGCACAUGCCAGUAAUGUUAGCCAUGUAUCAAACGAACGUGGUGGCAACUGAUCAGAGGGACUUGAUUUCAGAUUAGCGUGGCGUCUGGCGCACUACCUUAUUAAAAGAAAGCGUAUGUGCUAUCGCUGAUUUUAGACAAAGUGCAGUUGUUCAUAACACAACAGCAACAUUGAGUUGGGCUUCAAUCUAAAUGGGAUGGAAGAAGUCGCAUAACCGCUCAAAUCCAAUUGCCC